AUGACAUCUUUAUAUAAUGAAUAUUCAUAUUUUAAAUCAAAAGAUAAAGAUAAGGAAGAUAUCACUUCGAAAAAAAAAUACAAAAAUCCGAGAAAAAACUUAUAUUUCGAAUUAGAUCACAACUCAAAGAGGUCUAAUUUAGAUAAAUUGAGGGAAAAUUUAGAAAAUUUAUUGAAUGAUUUACCACUUAAUAUCAAUGAUUUCUUUCUCGAAAAGACUUGCAAAAAAAGCAAAGAGUUACGAGUCAAAGAUAUAAUAACUAUCAGCAAUGAAAUUUUCACAGUUGAAGAUAUCAAUAUUACCGAGGAAAAAAUAGAUAAGAUGAAGCAGGAGUUCAAAGAUUAUAAUAAGGAAUUUCAUGAGUGCUGGUACAAGGAAAUUUCGGUAUACGAAGAAAUUAAUAGUGAAAUUCAGCAACUUAUAACACUUUUUGAAGAUUAUUCCAAACGUUAUGGAAUAAUUUUGAAUGUUGAAAUUGAUAUUCCUUGGCAAACAGAUUUUGCAUUGGUAAAGAGUAGACUACCGGAAAUUUAUACAUUUGAACCUGAAACUUCAUAA